AGAGCAUUCGCACCGCCACGCCGCAACACCAAAGACUGUCCGGCCCGCCUCCUGGCUGCAUCCAUCUCACGCCUCGCGCGAUACCGAUUGGGCGCGCGCAUCUCCGUUUCGUCUCUACACCUGCCGGCCAGCGGCUUCCGAGGUCGCUCUCCAUCAUGCUUCACGCCUCGUGGCGGGCCGCGCUCCGCCAAACGUCGCGCUCCCCCGCCGCCCUCACCACGUCGCGCGCCGCCUCGCGCUCCCUCCCCGCACAAUGCUCCGCGUCGCUCGUCGCGCGGUUCCCCCAGCGAUGCCCCUCGCCGCCCGCCGCCCUGUGUGCCUACCGCAGCUUCUCCACGUCGCCGCGCCGGUGCAAGGAGAAGGACCCCAAGGCCGCGCCCGAGCCGGCUGAGGAGACGGACGAGGCCAAGAAGCUGCGCGAGCAGGAAAAGGCCGCCGACGAGCUCGAGGCCAAGGCCAAGACGCCCGACCCGGCCCCCGCGCCCACAGGCUCCGGCCGCGGCAGUGCAGGCGGCUCUGGGGGCGAGGGCGGCGGCCGGAAGCGCAAGAACAGCCCGCUCGUCAAGCCGUCGAUACCAGAGGUCUACCCGCAGGUCAUGGCCAUCCCGCUCGCCAAGCGCCCGCUGUUCCCCGGCUUCUACAAGGCCGUCACCAUCCGCGACCGCGAGGUCGGCCAGGCCAUUGCCGACAUGGUCAAGCGCGGCCAGCCGUACAUCGGCGCCUUCAUGUUCAAGGACGACGCCGUCGACAAGGACGUCAUCGACGACCCCAGCGAGGUGCACGACGUCGGCACCUUCUGCCAGGUCACGAGCGCGUUCCCGGUCGGCUCCGAGGACAACUUCGCCAUGACCUGCGUGCUGUACCCGCACCGCCGCAUCAAGAUGACCAGCCUGCUGCCGCCCAAGGGCGACGCCCCGUCCGCCGGCGAGGCCACCAUCGCGGAUGUAUCUGACGACGCCCCGGCCGAGACCAAGGCCAGCGAGUCCAAGGGCGACGUCGUCGCGAGCUUCGAGGAGGCGAGCGAGGACGCAAAGUCCAAGGACGAGGACCAGACCCUGGCCAUCCUCAACGGGCGGCAGGUCAGCAUCGCCACCGUCGAGAACAUGGUCGAGGAGCCCUUCGACAUGAAGAACAACAAGGUCAUCCAGGCCCUGGUCAACGAGAUCGUCAACACCUUCAAGGGCGUGGCACUCCUCAACCCCAUGUUCCGCGACCACGUCGCCACGUUCUCCGUCCACACCACCAUGAGCGUCGGCGAGGACCCGGUCAAGCUGGCCGACUUCGCCGCCGCCGUUGCCCAGGCCGAGUCGCAGGAGCUGCAGGCUGCGCUGGAGGAGAUGGACGUUGAGAAGAGGCUCAGAAAGUCGUUGGAGGUCCUGAAGAAGGAGCUCAUGAGCGCCGAGCUGCAGAAGAAGGUCAGCGACGAGGUCAACAACCGCGUCCAGAAGAAGCACCGCGAGUUCAUCCUGAUGGAGCAGAUGAAGGGCAUCAAGCGCGAGCUUGGCAUCGAGUCGGACGGCAAGGACAAGCUUAUUGAGAAGUUCAACGAGAAGGCGGGCAAGCUGGCGAUGCCCGAGGGCGUCAGGAAGGUCUUCGAGGAGGAGAUGAGCAAGCUGUCCGGCCUCGAGCCUAGCGGGUCCGAGUUCAACGUCACAAGGAACUACCUCGACUGGCUGACCCAGCUGCCGUGGGGCCUGAGCAGUGCCGAGAACUUUGGCAUCAAGCACGCCCGCGAAGUCCUCGACGAGGACCACUACGGACUGAAAGACGUCAAGGACCGCAUCUUGGAAUUUAUUGCCGUCGGCAAGCUCCGCGGCUCUGUUGAAGGUAAGAUCCUCUGUCUGGUCGGCCCGCCCGGUGUGGGUAAAACCUCUAUCGGAAAGUCGAUUGCGCGAGCCCUGAACCGCCAGUACUACCGCUUCAGUGUCGGUGGUAUGUAUGACGUGGCUGAGAUCAAGGGCCACCGAAGGACGUACGUCGGUGCCCUGCCCGGCCGCAUCAUCCAGGCGCUCAAGAAGUGCCAGACCGAGAACCCGCUUGUCUUGAUCGACGAGAUUGACAAGCUCGGCCGCAACAGCAGCCACGGCGAUCCAGCAGCAGCGCUCCUCGAACUCCUCGACCCGGAGCAGAACAGCAGCUUCCUGGAUCACUACCUCGACGUGCCCGUCGACCUGUCCAAGGUUCUGUUCGUCUGCACAGCGAACAUGUCAGACACCAUCCCCCAGCCCCUGCUCGACCGCAUGGAGAUGAUCGAGCUGUCUGGAUACGUCGCGGACGAGAAGAUUGCCAUUGCCGAGAAGUACCUUGCCCCCGCAGCCAAGGAGAUGAGCGGCCUCAAGGACGCCGACGUUAUCCUCGAGAAGGAGGGUAUCGUGGAGCUCAUCAACAAGUACUGCCGCGAGUCCGGCGUGCGCAACCUCAAAAAGCAGAUCGAGAAGGUCUACCGCAAGUCUGCACUGAAGAUUGUGACCGAGGUCGGCGAAGACGCACUGCCAGAGUCUGAGGCGCUCACAGAAGAAGGCAAGGCCGCGCAAGAGGAGGCAGAGAAGGACAAGACAGACGUCAAGGACACACCAGAGGAUAUUCAAAAGCAGACCGCACCGAAGCCCCGCGUGGCCCUCAAGGUUCCCGACACCGUCCACAUCUCGAUCGGCAAAGACAACCUCAAAGACUACGUCGGCCCGCCCGUCUUCACCGCCGACCGCCUCUACGACUUCACCCCGCCCGGCGUCGCCAUGGGCCUGGCCUGGACCAGCAUGGGCGGCUCCGCGCUCUACAUCGAGUCGAUCCUGCAGAGCGUGCUCUCGGCGUCCUCGCACCCGGGCCUCGAGCGCACCGGCUCGCUGCGCGACGUGAUGAAAGAAUCCACCGGCGUCGCCUACUCGUACGCCAAGUCCGUGCUCGCCCGCGACUUCCCCAAGAAUCGCUUCUUCGAGCACGCCCGCAUCCACCUGCACUGCCCCGAGGGCGCGGUCCCCAAGGACGGCCCCAGCGCCGGCAUCACCAUGGCCAGCAGCUUCCUGUCGCUUGCGCUCGACACCCCGAUCCGCGACGGCGUCGCCAUGACCGGCGAACUGACGCUCACGGGUAAGGUGCUGCGCAUCGGCGGCUUGCGCGAGAAAACGGUGGCCGCGCGCCGCGCCGGCGCGACGAUGGUUAUCUUCCCCAAGGACAAUCUGAGUGAUUGGCUUGAGUUGCCUGAGAACAUCAAAGAAGGCAUCCAAGGCCACCCCGUCGCCUGGUACCACGAGGUCUUCGCCCUCGUCUUCCCGGACCUGAACAAAGACGCCGCGAACCGCCUGUGGGACAAGGAACUCAAGUCCAAGAAGGGCGACAAGAAGCGCCGCGAGCAGAAGCGGAAGGAUGAUGAUGAGGAGAGUGGGGAGGAUAGUGAUUGAGUGUGUAAGUGGGGUGAGGGUUGUACGAUAGAUUUAGAUGUGGA